CCCAGCCGGCUGGUUCCUUCUCCACCAACCCGCGGUCGCCGUGGCUUCCUUGUGGCUUCAUUAUGGUAAUUACCUCUGUUGUGGCUCAAAUCUGAAUCCAAAUCACCGUCUUACAUUAACGGUGGCUUCGACCACGGAAGGAAUCCGGUCCUUGUUGGCGGAACUGGAGAUGCCGACCAGUUGCGGGUUGUCCGCCACGCUGCCGAGGUCUGAGUCGGAGAUCGUGGUGGACUUCACGAGACCCUCACAGACGUCUGAGGAUGAGAUGAGCCACGACUCUCUCAACGAGGUGGAGUUUUCCCUACAUAAACUCCCUGGCACCUCAAGGAGUAGCUCCAAGAACGCUCUCUACAUGGACGACCUGAUGGAGAGACGAGGAGGACCUCUAGAAAGGGCUCCACGGGCGUCGCCUCCAAAAACUCCCUGGAGGAGAUAAUGGGGGACACUGGGGACUGGCGACACAGCAGGAGUGAGAACAACACCUCCAGGGGCUCCGUCAAGGUCGUCACCGACAACAGGAAGAAGGGGAGGGACCUGGGCGGGAAAACCCUCUCACCCAGCAGCACUCCUUCAUACUCCUUCCGCAGCACCAUCGACCUCCUGCCCUCCUCCAAGAAGCGUCGAGGACUCAGGCAACAGGUCAUAGUGACGUUUGCCUGCUGCUUGGCUCCGCUUGCUUGUGGGUUCGCCCUGGCCUACAACCUCACCAAGAACCCCGCCGAGCUGAUGAAACCUCAGCUCGGGGCUUGGAGAACCUACGUCCACUUUCUGGGGUGUUUGAGUGGAGGGUUUAUGUCUGGGUUCCUGGCUAACUACGGGAGGAAGGUGGUGUUGCUGCUGACGAUGGUUCCUAUGGCUCUCUCUUGGCUCUUCGUCAUCUUUGCCACCCAGGUUUGGAUGGUGUUCUUGUUUCACGCCACGUCUGGUGUGUGUACUGGGGUGGUGAUGGUGGUAGCACAGGUGUACGUGGCAGAGAUCUCCGUGCCUAGGAUACGUGGCGCCAUGUCCACGGCGCCACUCCUUGCCUUCCAGGUCGGGUCUCUCCUCUGCUUCAUGCUGGGCGAGAUUCUUGUGUGGAAGAACCUGGCCAUCGUGGGCGUCUGUGUGGCCAUGCCAGUCUUCGUCGCCGUCGUCCUGUGUAUGCCUGAGUCUCCCAGGUUCCUCAUCCACAUCCACCCAAACGACGCCUUAGCGACCCUCCAGUGGCUACGAGGCCUCGAGAACGACGUAAUGGAGGAGUACCAUGACAUCUCUGACAGCAGCGACAUGGACCGCUGGAGUAUCGUCUGCGAUGAUCUGGUCCGACCAACAUUCUGGCGGCCUCUUCUGAUCUCUUGUGGGCUUAUGUUCCUUUAUAAUAUGACGGGCGUGGCCAGCUUCACCCUCUACGGCAUGGAGCUCUUCGCUGAGGUGUCUAGUGCCUAUAUCAACGUCGCUCACUUCAUUGUAACAAUCGUGUUGCUUGUCGCCAUUACUCUGUCAGCUUUGCUUGUGGACCAUAUCGGAAGAAAGCUUCUUCUGUUGCUGUCUCUCACCAUCAUGGCUGCUUCCUCCUUCGUGCUAGGCCUCUUCCUCUUCCUAAAGGACCUCCACAAAGUCGACAACUACUUCAUGUAUCAGUGGAUCGCUGAGGUGUUCUGUGUGGUGUUGUUUACUUUCGCCCAUGGGAGCGGUGUGGGGCCCAUCGCCUGGGUCACCCUGGGAGAGAUCUUCAGCCCCAGGUACAAGUGGCUGGGCGUGUCGAUGGCCUCAAUGGUGCUGUGGUCGUCCAUGCUGGCGGUGGACGUUAUCUUCCAUAAGAUCCGUGUGGCGGUGGCCACAGGGGGGAUCUUCUGGUUCCACUGUGUCGUGUGUGUAGGCGGCUACAUUUUCAUUCUCGUCUGCUUCCGGGAACUUAAGGAACAACGUAUCGAUGAUAUUACAAAGUCCUUUGUCAAGAAACAUGACAGCCUGAUUGAAACUUUCAUCGCAAGAGUGUAGACGGUAGAGGCUUAUUCCUCGACACUGUAUAGCCGUUCUUGUGUUUUGCUCACACAGUAUUUGCUUAGCGGAAACCUGACAUGCUGGUUGUCUCGACAGAGUGAACUGAUCAGUUGUUUAAAUUUCAUGUACUGUACAUAACUGAAUCACCAUCGAAUCCCAGUGUUGAAUAUUCUUAAGUAACAUAUCAUUUAUCAAACGAUUUUCAUUCCUGAUUUUGUACAUAUUGUACAUAGUAUUUAUUAGGAUAGGCUCAAACGUAGCGUUUCCUGUACUGAUAUGCCUAAAACAUCUUCUCUCACCAAAGAUACGAGUAGUGAACAGGAAAAAACAUUGAUUUUUACUGAAGAAACGGCGUUCUCUCUUGUCAAACUUUGGGUAACUUCCAUAACACAGGUUAGUUCACAACAGUGAAGGUGUAUCUCUUCAUAUAAAGACUCGCGUUAGUGCGGUGUGUGCAACCACGUAGCCGGUGUGAAGGUAAUCCCUGAAAAGAGUCUGGCUUACGUAAAUAUUAUUAAAAAAAAAGUAAAAUACUAGUUUUCAUAAGUUUAUUAGACUCUAAAUAAAUAUGUGUCCUCAUACAUUAAUUUCACAUCAUACAUUUAUAUUUUACCGUGGUUGAUACCGAGAACAGACGCAGAUUCUCCUUUCAUUCAAGCUGAUUUAUUUACACUGCUGCAGUGAUGUGUCGUGCUAUGAUGCUCCCCUCCCACAGACAACCCAAAUAUAUACCUGUUUCUCACUGUUUCUUCACAUAACCUGGUGUCACCCAUCUGCAGCAGCUUCAGCCCUGAAAUAGUUAGAAGAAAUGCAAAAGUCUCAGUGCUGACUCGUCCCUCUACUGAAGGUUCUUAGAUAUCAUGUACACUCAGACAUAAUAAUAAUAAUAAUAAUAAUAAUUAACGGUUUAUUGAAAAAAUUCUGCAGCCCGAAGGCUGAAAAUA